AUGGCACAUUCAUCCAGUCUCGAGAGCACCGACAAGAGUGUAUCCGAGCUUACAGAGGCAAUGAAGGACUACGGUAUUGACUCCCUAGUGGAGAAGCGCCUCAGACGAAAGCUCGACUGGCGAAUACUCCCUAUAGUCUCCAUAUGCUACAUGUUCCUCUUUCUGGAUCGCACAAAUGUCGGGAACGCGAAGUCUGCGGGACUCGCUGAAGAUCUGCAGCUGGGAACCUACGACUUCAACAUCGGCGCGAGCCUGUUCUACAUUGCCUACAUGAUAUGUGAAGUUCCCUUCGCCCUCCUCAUCAAGAAAGUUGGCUUUCACCUGGUUCCUAUCUCCAUCGUCGCCUUCGGUGCCGUCACCAUUGCCAGCGCGUUCAUUCACAACAAGGCCGGCUUCUACGCCACGCGAGUCUUCCUUGGGAUUAGUGAGGCGGUAUGCUAUCCGGGGAUCAGCUAUCUCCUCUCGCGCUACUACCGGCGCCAUGAGCUGACGAGCCGCGUCGGAUGCUUCAUGCUCGUCGCUGCGGGAGGUGCUGGAGGAUUCGGCGGACUCCUCGCUGCGGGUCUAUUGAGCGUCAGUCAUAUCGGGAGCCGCCACUCGUGGCAGAAUAUAUUCCUUGUUGAGGGCAUACUUACCGCCGCUUGCGGGCUCACCAUGCUCUUUAUUUUCCCGGCGGACCCGGAGCGCACGCACAUGCUUACGGAGGAGGAGCGCAAAUUAGCGAUAGCGCGCCUGUAUGCGGAUCAGCCGUCGAUCGCUGUGACGAAGGAGCGGACGACAUGGUCCCUUGUUAAGCGUGGCAUAUUCAGUCCGACGACGUUGGCUUGUAGCUGGUUUUUCAUCACUACAAACAUCUCCGUACAGGGGCUCGGCGUCUUCCUUCCAUCGAUAUUGAAGCUCGACUACCCGAACGUGUCGACGGUGCAUAUCCAGCUGUUGAUCGUUCCGGUGUACAUCGUGGCCAUGACCAUCGCCCUCGCAUGCGCCGCCGGGUGCGUCAAAUAUCGUGUCCACUGGCCAUUCAUGCUGCUUAGCGGCGCUCUGUGCUUGACCGGAUACACCAUCUCGCUCGCCGUACCUCAGACGGCAGCAAAGGCGCGCUACGCGGCGUGCUUUCUCAGUUUGACAGGCGGAUUCAUCUCAGGACCCAUAGCCGUCGGCUGGGCGGCUGCAAAUUCGUCGCCAGAUACAAUUCGCGCCAUGGUAGGUGCCGUCGUCACCGGCAUCGGGAAUAUUGGCGCCAUCGCAGGUAUCUGGGCCUACGUCGCUACAGACGCGCCGACCGGCUACCAUAAGGGCAAUUCGUUCAACGUCGCGAUGGCGGCUUCGCUCUGCGUCUGCUGCGUCGGACUGGCUCUGUAUCAGAGGGGCGAGAAUGCGAGGCGCGAGAGGGGUGGGAGGGACUAUCGGUUGGGGCGGGAAGGGGUGGAGCGAUUGGGGAACCUUCAUCCGGCUUUCCGAUAUAUGACCUGA